AUGGGAGUCGAUGAUGUAGCGAGAUAUAGAGAGUCGAUAGAUAUAUUAGAGAGUCGUAUGGAUAUAGAGGAUAUAGUUAUAGAGAUAAUAAUAUUUUGUAUUUACAGUAUCCUGGUAAAGAACAAGUUAGCAGCCUGCGUGAAUAUCAUCCCCAACAUUGUAUCUGUUUACGAAUGGAAAGAAGAAAUUAAUGAGGACCCUGAAGUCCUGAUGAUUAUUAAGACACGAUCCUCUCGUUUGGAAGAAUUGACAGCAAUGGUUAAGGAAAACCAUCCCUAUGAAGUCUGUGAAGUCAUCUCUUCUCCAAUUGCCCAGGGAAACCCACCUUACUUGGAUUGGAUUGGUGAAAUUGUUCCAGAAAAAAAAUGAACAGCAAUUCAUGCAGCAGCUAAAUUGAAAUAAAUUCAUGAACAUA